UCCACAAUAAUUCUCUUAGCAUGGCGACCUCCCUCUCUCUCCCAUUCGUGCUUCUCUUUGCCAUCUUAACCCUCUCUCAACCAACCUCCACUCUCGACACAGCUACCACUCCCUCACCACCACCACCACCACCACCGUCUCAAACACCGCAUUCGUCAUCACCGCCGCCACCAAUCUCUCACGAUCUCCAUGAAAACUCAUUCUUCUCACACACAGCUCUACUCGCUCCAAUCCUUUCACAUCUAGGCUUCACCGAGCUUUCAACGGCCGCUCCAUCGCUCUCCUCCACUGAAACCUGGUCAGGACCUUCAACACUCUUCGCUCCCUCCGAUUCCUCUAUCCACACAUGUUUAUCUUGCUCUGUUCCAAGUCUCCUACGUGAGCACAUCGUUCCUGGCCUUUACACCAUCGAUUAUCUCCGUAAACUCGCUUUCGGUACUAAAAUUGAAACCCUAAGCCCUGGCCGGUGUCUCACCGUCACAUCCACUUCCUUGAAAAACCAAAACGUUAACGUUUCAUCUAUCUUUAAAGUUUUCAUCGGUGGCGUAGAGAUUACUCAUCCGGAUCUCUUCAACAACGGUCUGAUCAUUAUUCACGGAAUCCGAGGCUACGUAGCUCCUCUCUCUCCGUUAUCUUGCGACGUUGAGAGGUUAAACUCUUUAAUAUUUCCGGUUAACAACCAGCAGACAUCUCGCCACCAGUUCUUACCGCAGCCUGCUGCUAUAAUCCGAUUGAUGUUACGUGAUGCUAUGUUGAGGCUACGUAACAACGGCUUUAGCAUUCUCUCUCUCGCUACGAGAGUGAAAUACGGUGAGCUUGUGAGCUUAAGUAACAUGACGAUCUUUGCUCUUGAUGAUGCGUCGAUAUUUUCAGGAUCUCACUCGUAUAUUAGCAGUAUAAGGUUUCAUAUUGUGCCUAAUGUGUACUUGAGUGCUGCUGACCUUGAAAGGCUUCCGCUGGGGGCUACUUUGCCUACUCUUGAAAGAGGACAGUCUCUUGUGGUUACGACGAGUAGUGCUGGUGGUACAACUGUGCCGAUGAGGAUUAACUAUGUGAGACUUAAGGUGCCCGAUAUUAUUCGAAAUUUGAAGAUUGUUGUGCACAGUGUUUACUUGCCUUUCCCAAGGAUAGAUCCUGCUGCUGUUGCUUUUGAUGGAAUCUUGGGAGUACAAUCUGACACUAGUGGAUCAGUUCAUGCUGCUGUUGGAGGAUCUUGCUCUGCGGUUGAUAUGGAUGAGAAUGGAACCUGCGUUGGGGCCCCUGUGUCUUCUCAGUUUAAGCCUACUGUGGAUCUUGAAGAAUAUAAUGGCCUUUAGUUGAUUCAUUUUCCUUUGGUUGAUGAUGAUUGAUUAGCUCUUCUGUUUUCUUGAAUUAUGAUUUCAAUCCGUGUGCUAGUCUGAAUUGAGUCAGAUAUUUGUUCUUUGCUUUGAUGUACUACUACUACGUAUUACUGCUACUCAGAAAGAUUCGUAAAGGUCAUUCAAGAUAGAAUUUUGACUUAAAUGCUUUGUUAGGGCCUGUGAUUCCAAAAUUAAAUCUGUUGUGAAUCUCGGCUAGUGUUUUGUUCUCGAUCUGUAUGUUUGCUUAGUGUUUGUUCUGUAACAGAAAAGUCCCAUGUUUCCUCUGUACGUGUUUGCGAAUAUAUGGUUGCAUACAUAAUUCUUGCUUUA